UGGCUGAGAGAGUCGCCCAUCCCAGCAGCAGAACUCCAUCUGGGCUAAAUAUUUAUACCGAGGGGAACGACAUCACUUACCCACAACACAUUCAUUCACAGGAGGGAGCUGACUUCGAGGGGAUUCGCUCUGAGGAACUUUGCUUCGUCCUGCUCUAAUUUAUUUAGACUUGCCUAAAAAGAGCUUGUACUGAGAUCACACCAUGAGGGUUCUGAUUUUUAUUUUCGGGGGGAUUCUCACGUUGUAUCAGAUUGGAAGCUAUCCGGCCAACGCUGGGAUGUGCUGGCUGCAGCAGAGCCAGGACCAGCGAUGUGACAUGGUGCUGAUGCGAGGGGUGACCAGGGAGGAGUGUUGUGCCGGGGGCCGUCUGGACACGGCGUGGUCCAACACCAGUCUGCCCAUGAAUGAGGUCAGCCUGCUGGGCUUUCUGGGAAUUGUCUCCUGUAAACCGUGCAAAGAGACCUGCGAGGGAGUCCGGUGCGGCCCGGGGAAGGUGUGUAGGAUGAAGAUGGGCCGGCCUCAGUGCGUGUGCUCCCCGGACUGCGCCCACGUCUCCCGGAAGCAGGCCAUGUGCGGCAGCGACGGGAGGACGUACAGGGACGAGUGCGUGCUGCUGAUGGCCCGCUGCAUGGGCCACCCCGACCUGGAGGUCAUGUACCAGGGCGAGUGCAAGAAGUCCUGCUCCAACGUGGUGUGUCCCGGCACGCACACCUGCGUCACCGACCAGACCAACAGCGCCCACUGCGUCAUGUGUCGCACCAUGCCGUGCCCCAUCCCCAUGCCGUCCGAGCAGCCCAUCUGCGGCAACGACAACGCCACCUACCCCAGCGCCUGCCACCUGCGCCGCGCCACCUGCUUCCUGGGCCGCUCCAUAGGCGUCCGCCACUACGGCCACUGCAACAAUCCCCAGCGGAAGGCGCUGGAUCUGAACGCCAGCGAGGAGAACGCCGUGUAGGCGCCCUGACGCGCCCCCCGGUCGACGCUGUUUCUGACAAUCGACCCCACCGCCACACCCCACCCACCCCUCCUCCAAGAUGGACGACCUCAUCUGCAAGACACACUUUAGCGUAGCUGCCUAGCGAUCCAUGCAUGUGUCUCGAGGCAGAAAUGUCUCGUGAGCUCUUUGGGAGACGUGUGCAUAUUGUAAAUAGAAUACCACAUGCUAUUUAUUGGAGAAGGUAUUAAACUCUAUUUAUGGUUUUAUCCUAGCAGCAAAUCCACAUAUGCUUGGGAAAGUGACGCAAAACAAAGUGUAUUUAUUGUAUUUUGUACUAUAGCAGCCACUGGUAAUGGCAUCGUACAAGCUUUUACACUCCCUGUUCCACACAAACAGUUUUGUCUCGUAAGGUGAUGGAAAGCAGGACUAAUUUGCUUGGAAAGUUGAUACCGCUUUACAGCCCAACAAUGUGGUUUCAAUCCACCACAAACAAGAGCAGGGCGACUGCAGCCGCCCCGGCUCUGGCUUUCCAGAGGCGAUGAGGAGGUUCAGCCCAAACAAACCCGCUCUCUCCCUCCACAUGUUUACUCUGGAGGCCGAUCCAAACUCCCGUGCCACCCGCGAAUCGCCAACGCUAACACUUCAGCUAGCAGUAGGAGCCCCAGAGGCCUCACCGGUGCGACCCCCACGGCCUCCACCACACCCCCUCUGCCCAUCGCCUGGCUUUGUUUUGUAAAUGCAUCUGUGUAGGUCACGCUAGUUCGUUCUGAUGCUGUUUUGCUGCCUUGAAUUGACGUUUUUUUUAAUCAUUGUCUGACUGAAAGGAAAAUUCAAUUUGUCUGGGAAUGGAAAGCAAAUGUGGCCAAUUGAGCAUAGCUAAUUAUUCUGCCACGAGAGAUGAGUCAGUGUGUUCCCUGUUGACGCUGGUGAAUCUGGUGGAUGCCGAUCACCAGCCAGUGAUCUGAGGUGGCCUUCAAAUUCAAACCAUACACUCCUGUAAAUAUCAGUCUCACCUCUAUCUACCUGUGUACCUACUGUGAAGUUUGAAUGAUAAAUGCAUCAACAUAUUUUUGUAUUUUUGUACUUUCACUUCAAAAUAACAUAAAGUUUAAUAUUUGC